AUGCUUUUAUCUACGUCUAAGUUGACAUCUUCAAGGCUAGGAAAGUCCCAAUUAUAGAGUCCACAAAGAUCUACUGUUAACUAUCUUUAAUAAGACCUCGAUUCUCCAUCUAGAUAAAGAAUUAAGUUAUUAUCUGAUAAAUGGAAUCAUAUCCAAAAUGGAAUAGAUAAGGAUAAAUUAGAAAAGAGAGAAGUUCUUGAGGAGAGAAUUAAAAUUAUAGAAGAUGUUCUUUCAUCAGAGAAACCAAAAGAUGAAUAAAGAUUUAAAGUCCUUAAGGAUCAUGUAUUAAAACUACAGGAUCAAGCUCACAAUGAAAAAUCUGAAAGAGAGGCCUUCGAUGAUAAAAAAGAAAAAGAUUUUAGAACUCUCUCUGAUAAUGUAGCACUAUCUUUUGAUCAAGAAAGAAAUGGUAGAGGACAAGCUGAAAUAAAACUAUAAAAAUAAAUCGAUGAAAGAUUCCAAUAAAUUACACUUACAAUCACUAGAAACACUCAUUAAUAUGAGGAUAGAAGUUAAGUUAAAAUUGCAGAAGUCUUGCAAUAAGUUUAAUUAGUAAAAAACUAAUUAGAUCAAGAAAGGAGAUCAAGAGAAGAAUCGUCUGAGUCAUUGUCUGAAUAAAUUGAUUCAGAAAUUAAUAAAUUUUCAGAUUAACUGUUAAUUGAAAAGAAAGUUAGAGAAGAAACCUAAGGGAAAAUAUUUAGAAUGAUAGAGGAUGUUCACGGAAAAUUACAACAAGAUAUAAACGUUGAAAGAAGAGAAAGAGAAGCUACAACUGAAGCUUUGUUAAAAUUGUUAGAGGAUGCUUGCAUCAAAAUAGAUAAAAAUUUUAGAUCCUAUUGA